CUUGCCAACCAUGACAUGUUUCAUGCCAGGACUGUCCCCGGGCACCCAAUUCAACAUCUCACUUCACUCCUGGAAGACACCCGAUAUCAGUCAAUUCACCAGAAACUACAGUAAACACCCAGAAUUAGUCAAGUUCGAGGCACGAGUCUUGAUUGACGGCCGUCUAGUCGCUUCCUCGGCAUUAACCCGCAUUGGACCGUGGCCUCAAUUGAUCAAUCAUAGUUUUGAUUUCACAAAAAAUGGUGAUCUGGAAACUCUCAGAUUCCCUCCGUUCCGCAGCGAAGUUCUCCAGCAAAGCUAUUGGAGCCCGGCAGACGAAAUAGGAAGAAUCAAAAUCAUCAUUAGCGAAGGGUUUCCGAGGGAUUCUUUAAGUGUUCCCAUCGAACGAGUCAAGAAUAUUGUAGCAUUUUCCUUCCAACAUGCUCCUCUUGAUAUCCUCGAGAGCUCUGGUAUUGCGUGGCCGAAUCCUGGCAUGUGGCGGCGCACCCCUUUCAACCCUACCAUGCCUGUUCCUUCACAGCACCAUGAAGACGGUGCGGAUGCUCAUCUUCACUCCCCCCGUCGUCGAACGACAAGCUACAUGAAAGGAACAUCAAACUCAUCUGGCUAUACUCCUUGUCCUCCAGGUUUAACGCAGGCAAAUACCAACGGUUUGCUCAGUUCUAUGCCUAAUACCCAGGCACUGUUACAACGUAACGAGACUGGAUCGGGAUCCGGGUCUGGGUCUGUUUGGGCAGAUCCCUUUAGCACGCAGAAAUCUGAAGCUACUGCUUGCUUUGACUGGACAACCGGCAGCUUUGGGCCCAUAUCUGGGUUCAACCAACCCGCCAACAGUGGCAAGUCUAAUUGCAACACUGCAGCCACCCGGAGGAGCACCGGUAUUAGUAAGGCAUCACGUUCUGAUAUUAGCUUGCGCGACUACGGUUUGAGCAAUCCUAACACUACUCGAGGCGUAUCAGACCAUCAAUUUUUAGACCUCUCAGCGUCUAAUCUUGGAGACGCAGAUAGCAACACCAAUGAUCCCAAAGUACCAUCGAACACACCGACGACCUUGGUUGGGGCAAAUUUCAUUGACGACCUCAACCUGGACGUGAGUAAGAUCGGCACACCUGGAGGUACUUCGAUAAACGAUUUUUUCAAUACUAGCCACGCCAAUUUCUCCUCCGAGCUCGCAAAUUCUCUAACGCAUUCAUUGUUGAAUCAACCACAUCCGCUUCCUGUUCAUGCUGGAAGCAUUGUCCCAUCAGCCCCUGAAGUGAAGUCGCGCAAGGAGAAUCGACUUUACCAGGACUCGCCGAAUGAGAAUACGCCAACCAUAGAUCAUGUCGAGAUGCGCAAGAUGUCGCAGCCGUCAUUCGGCAGCCUUGGUAAGGAAACGCGGGACAAUAGCUCAAGCAACUCUCCUCCAAGCCAGGGCGCAUUCUCAGCUGUCUUCACUAAUCGAUCGACGUCUAUAGCUGAUUUUGGUAAUGACUUCGCCAGUUGUCCUAAUGUCUUUCCCCACAUGAAUGUAAACUCUCAUGUAUGUGGCGAAACGGCCCCAGAGAUCCGCAUUACAGGCUGUUCAGAAAAGAACAUCAAACGUACUCGCCACUUCACGCCGGCUGGUGGUAAAGGAAUUGAUGACCCUAUUGAAGGGCUGGCCAACAGCCCUCGAAUCCAAAUCGAUCUCGACGAGCAAUUCGCGGUAUCAAUGUAG